UUGUUCGGGACCGGGCAGCCGAGCCGUGAUGUGGAACCUGUAACACUUUGUCCUUCUCGUUCCACUGGACUCGAACCCAAACCGGAGGAGUUUCUCACUCGUGGCCAUGUCGGCACUGGAGGACCUGGCUGCGGCUGCGUUUCCAUGGUAACGCGCCUGAACCCGUGAAGUUUAACCAGGCGGAAGCGUUCUGAAGUGUUGGAAGGAAGAGGAGCCGCGGGACCAGUGCAGAAUCGGUCUGGAGAGAAUUCUCAGGAUCGCAGCUGCAGGCCAUUCACUGAUGGGUACAUACUGUGAGGCGACAGGCCAAGAGCACUGCAAAUCACUCGGAAAAGACAACAACUGUCGAGGAAUGAAGACGAGCUAGAUCUUGUCUCUUAAAAAACUUUUGAAGUCUAGUUUUCUUGGAAGCAACCAUUGACUGUACGCAGAAUCGGGGAAACCUGAAAAGUAACUGCGCUGGUUGAAGCUCAUCUUCAAACAGAACACCUUCGCACCCCGCUGUCAGUAUGAGUGCUGAAGGAUAUCAAUACAGAGCGCUUUAUGACUACAAGAAGGAGAGGGAGGAGGACAUUAAUCUGCAUGUGGGGGACACAUUGUUGGUAAGCAAAGGAGCUCUGGUGGCUCUUGGGUACACUGACGGGCUGGAACAGAGGCCAGAGGAGAUUGGAUGGCUGCCAGGCUUCAAUGAAACCACUCAGGAAAAAGGGGACUUCCCUGGGACAUAUGUAGAGUACCUCGGGAAGAAACGGAUAUCUCCCCCCACCCCCAAGCCCAGGCCCCUCAGACCCCUACCUGUGGCUCCAGCUACCUGCAAGGGAGAGGCAGACUCUGACUCCGACCAAGGCCUCGCUCUGCUGGACGUAACGGAGCAGUUUACCCCUCCAGAGACCGCUCCACCCAUGCUGGCCAGACUGCUGGAAACCAUUGAGAGGAAAGGUCUGGAGAACCCUACUUUAUAUCGAACAUUCACUGCUGGAGCUGGACUUGAAGUGAGGCAGUAUUUCGAAUGUGAUCCCCCCUCAGCAGACCUGGAUCAGUUUGAACUUUCGGUCCUAUGUGAUGGUCUGAGUAGGUACCUGCAGGAUCUUCCACAGCCCAUCAUCCCCACUGCAAUAUAUGCUCAGAUGGUCCUCACAGCCAAAGAGGUAGCGAUUCCUGAAGAAUGUGCACAGCUGCUACGUCGCAUUGCCAGCACCCCGAGCCUGCCUCCACAAUACUGGCUAACUCUCCACUGUCUGCUAAGGCAUUUCAAUAGAGUGUGCCGUAACAGCUCCAAGAACUUGCUCUCUGCCAGAGCCCUAGGCGAGAUCUUCAGCCCUGUGUUUUUCAGACAGCAAGCCACCAGUUGUGAACCCAGCCUGGAUACCCACAUCAAGAUCAUCGAGGUUCUGGUGACCAGUGAGGGGAGUGAAAGUCAUGCUGCUCCAGCUCUACCUCCUAAGCCGCCCAAGCCCACAUCUGUGACUAACAACGGUAUGAACAACAACAUGGCGCUGCAAGACGCCGAAUGGUACUGGGGAGACAUCUCGAGAGAGGAGGUCAAUGAAAAACUGAGGGACACCGCUGAUGGUACAUUUUUGGUGCGUGACGCCUCUACGAAAAUGCACGGAGACUACACUCUGACUCUGAGGAAAGGAGGUAACAACAAGCUCAUUAAGAUAUUCCACCGGGAUGGGAAGUACGGCUUCUCUGACCCACUGACUUUCAGCUCAGUUGUUGAGCUCAUCAACCACUAUCGCAAUGAGUCACUGGCUCAGUACAACCCCAAGCUGGAUGUCAAGCUGCUGUAUCCGGUCUCCAAACACCAGCAGGAUCAGGUGGUGAAAGAAGACAACAUUGAUGCUGUUGGGAGGAAGCUCUGUGAGUACCACCAGCAGUACCAGGAGAAGAACAAGGAGUACGAUCGCCUGUAUGAAGAAUACACCCGAACAUCACAAGAAAUCCAAAUGAAAAGGACGGCGAUAGAAGCAUUUAACGAAACCAUAAAGAUCUUCGAGGAGCAAUGCCAAACACAAGAGCGGUACAGCAAAGAGUAUAUUGAGAAAUUUAGGAGAGAGGGCAACGACAAGGAGAUCCAGAGGAUCAUGGGGAACUACGAAAAGUUGAAAUCGAGGAUUAGUGAAAUCGUAGACAGCAAACGCCGACUGGAGGAGGAUCUGAAGAAACAGGCGGCAGACUACAGAGAGAUCGACAAGAGGAUGAACAGCAUCAAGCCCGACCUCAUCCAGCUCCGCAAGACCAGAGACCAAUAUCUCAUGUGGUUGACCCAGAAGGGAGUCAGACAAAAGAAACUCAACGAGUGGCUUGGAAUCAAGAACGAGAACACAGAAGAUCAAUAUUCCAUGGUGGACGAUGACGAAGACCUUCCUCAUCACGACGAGCGGGCCUGGAAACUGGGCAACAUCAACCGACUACAGGCGGAGGCGCUCCUCCAGGGCAAGAGAGACGGAACAUUCCUGGUUCGAGACAGCAGCAAAGCAGGAUGCUAUGCCUGCAGUGUUGUCGUGGAGGGUGAGGUGAAGCACUGCGUCAUCAACAAGACUCCCUCAGGUUUUGGCUUUGCCGAGCCGUACAACCUGUACAGCUCAUUAAAGGAACUUGUACUUCACUACCAGCACACGUCUUUGGUCCAGCACAAUGACUCCCUGAAUGUGACGCUAGCGUACCCAGUCUAUACCCAGCAGAGACGGUGAGGACCCGGAUUUAGCCACAUGGACACACGAGAAAAGGCCUCAUGGGAGUUGGAGAUUCAAGUCCUGGGACUCCGUGAUUUAAAAACAAGGCUCUAGUGCCUAACUCAGACUUAAACGGAGGAAAAGACGCAAUAAAGUCUGAAACAUUUCAAUGACUCUGCCUGACCACGAGCCCGCGGCGAGUCUGAAUGUAGAUUACUCUUUUGCAUUUUGUGGGAGCACAGAAUCAAGCGGAAACUGCUGAGCUCCCCCAGUGGAGGACGUAUGAGGCCUUUUCCCAACGGUGCUUGUUCUUUUUCAAAGCUUUACCAGCCGGAAUGUCUAAUCGCAGCAGAUAAACUCUUCAGAUGGAACUGUACCCACCGGCCACAAUUUUCUUUUUCCACUUUCUUUUUCCUUUCACAUCAUUUCUGUGUGUGUGUGUGUGUGUGUGUGUGUGUGUGUGUGUGUGUGUGUGUGUGUGUGUGUGUGUGUGUGUGUGUGUGUGUGUGUCUGUGUCUGUGUCUGUGUGUGUGUGUGUGUGUGUGUGUGUGUGUGUGUGUGUGUGUAUGUAUGUAUGUAUGCGUUUGUUUCUGCACAAGUGUUUGUGUGUAUGUAGCUGAGUGAGUGUGUGAUUGUCCAUGUGACCAAAACUCAUAGAAUCAGGAAACUGUGUGAUGUCAGGGGCUAUGUAACACAUUCACUUGUGUUAACCGUUCAGUAGCAAACCAUGGAUCAGCUAAUAAAUGUAGCAAAAUGGCACUUUUAAACAAAGUUUAAUUUUAUUUGUUUUUGUUUUUGGAAAGGACUCGUAUGUACUUUUAUCAAAAGAGCAGAGCGGACAAGACGUCCGCAUCCUGCCUUCUAACUGUUGAGCAUUAAAGCGCAGAAGUAAACUGGAUCUUUACUGUGGGCAGGUGAAACUAUGAAUGGACUCACUAUUUCAUGUACAUCUGUGAAAAAUGUUGGAAUUCAUGUAUCAAAGUGCACCAUACCAAAAAGGAUCAGUUCCUAUUUAGUUAUAUUCUGAUCUGCUAUGCAAUUCUUUCUCCAUUGUUUUCUUCAGAAUUGUUUUAUUCUGUUGCAACCCACAAUAUAAGCUUGUUUUAUUGCUUGUAAAAUAUAUUUUCCUGUGUAAAUAUCCAAGAGGAUAUUUUGUGUCAAAAUGCCGAGAUACAAUAAGAAAACUGCUCAUGAUUUUUAAAGAUAAUAGAAAUUAUUAUUUUACUUUAACAGCAGGUAUACAGAUGGAAAAAUUAGUAUUUUAUUAGUCUUUUCUGGCUUCAAACUAAUCUUCUUCUCAGGCAGAGCCUUUUGAGUAUUCGAGCUGCUUCAGUCACAAUUUCUCAGAGCUAAGCCGACAUGCAGUUCUUGGUUGAAAUGGACAAAGAAGGUUCGAUGACUCAGAAUGGGAUGAUGGGAUUGUAAAACCCUUAUCAACCACAACCAUGAAAACAGUAUAGAUUUAUUUUGUUAUAAAAUAUAUAUGUUCCCACAUGAGAAUAUAUGAAAAUAGACUGGUGUUUUCAAACCGAUGGAUAUUGUUAUUAAGGAUCACUAUACAUUGUCCGCUUAGUAUUUUUCUGUAUCAGAAAAUCACUGUGCUUACAUGGGUGGAGCAGCUCAUUUCAGAUAGUCUGUAAUUCAUAGUUCAAAGAUAACACGUGCCAGUGGAAUCCUUACUUGACCCCAUCUUUAAUCUAGUUUUACACGUCCACCAUCACGUGAUUGGUACAAAUGGUGAAGACCCAGUGGGCUGGUGGAGACCUCAGAAAAUAAUUGAAAUGACUCGUGGUUUUAAGUGUCAGGGCACCAGAACUACUUUGCCCCCCUUGUUGAGUGGGAAAAAUUGCAAAGUGGAUCACUCAGAUGACAAAAUGUCUGCUGUUUAUAGUAUAUAUUUUCUAAACCUAUUUUAAAUCAUAGAUGUACCUGCCAUGAAAUGAUUCAAAAGGUUUGUCCCUCAAAAUGUAGGCAUGGUCCGCACAGUUGUCGAGCUAAACUGUUCAUAUAUCUUUGCGUAAACAAAUGAGUUGUACAUGUAAUCUUGAUUAUUGCUUUCUUCGGCCGGCACACAUUUUUCUAUUUGUAGUUAAAGGUCUACAUGUAUAAACGGGCUAACAACAGUCGCUGCUUGUGUCGCCUCCUGUCUAAAGAAAUGUGGACAAGAAAUGAUACCAGUGUUUUCACCUGUUAUGAGAAAAAAACGCUGUGUGGUAAACGACCAUGUGAGAAAUUGAAGCAUGGAGAAACAGCCCCCCCCUCCCCGAUGACAGGUCAGUUGUACAGCACAGACUGUACACAACUGAGUUCAAAGUGUAAAAUGUAGAUACACUUGACCAAAUUAUCCAGCCGAGAUUAAAUUUUUAGCACAUUGAUAUUAACCCUCAUUUAUCCUAGGUUUUUUUUGGUUCUUUACUACGUCAGAUCCGACAUUUCUUUUUACAAGAAGUCGUCUGACUUUAGUUAACCUCCCCAACAGCUGCUGGCAUGAACUUUUAUUGUGAAAAUAUUUUCUUUUGUUUAGUUCUUGGACAACAUGCACCAUUAUUUUCCUUACCCCAAUUCUGGGUUGUAUGAUUAUUUUAGGUGUCUUUUUUUUAAUUUAAGGCUCAUCUUUUGUGGGUGUCCCAGACAUGAUAAUUGGAUUGAGAUUCACCAGUGUUCCCCAGUUUUGCUUCAACUCUGUAUUGGGCUUUGUUAAAAACAAAAUAAAACACUUCUUUUUAAAGAAA